CUGAGCGACAGGCGGGGGCUAGAGCGGCAGAGCCACAAGUGGCGGCCGGCCAGCGGCGCGGAGCGGAAGCACGUCAGCGCGCUUCCGGUAGGCGUGGGCGGGGCUUCGCGCUCCUUCCCGGGAUACCUGCGGACGCAUGGCAGCAAACACUCUUGGAGGAACAACGCCCAGAAAACCUGUCUUAUCUGUCAGUGCGAGGAAAAUUAAGGACAAUGCCGCUGAUUGGCAUAAUUUAAUCCUGAAAUGGGAAACCCUUAAUGACACAGGUUUUGCUACCGCAAAUAAAAUUGCCAACCUGAAAAUCAGUUUAUGGAGUGAAGACAAGACAGAGUUACAGAGCAGCAGCCCGGCUUCUAGGGAAGAUGCGGACAAGAGACUUCCAGAAUAUAGCAAGGAGCUGGAGGCGCUGUGUGAGGAGCUGCCAGACCACCUACGAUGCUUUGGUGAGAUCCAGAGCCCCUGGCCACCUGUGCUCACAGUCACCGAGGCCCAGGGGUGUACUUGGGGCUCCCUCAGUGCUCUGCAGGCCAAAAUCCAGAUGAAAAUGGAAAAGCUGUCUUCGACCACCAAGGGGGUUUGUGAGCUAGAGGACUACCAUUACAGGGACGGGAGGCAUCGCCCUCCCCUGUUUCACACGUGGCCCACAGCCUAUUUCUAUGAGGUUUCCCGAAAGCUCUCCGACAUGUACCAGAAGGAGCUUCUCCUGAAGCGCACAGUCAUUGAGGAGCUGGCUCACACCAUGGACCACGACCUCACCCUGAGCUACUUGUCCAUGUGGCUGCACCAGCCCUACGUGGAGACCAACAGCAAGCUACUUCUGGAAAGCAUGCUGCUCGAAACGGGGCACCGAGCCCUGUGACCUCCCAGCUCUGGGCCACUGGCUACUUCUGUGGCUCCCAUGGUGGUCCUGUAAGACCCGGGGCUGGGGCAUGGCCACCCGCCGACCUUGGCACCUUCCAGGCUGGGUCACUUCAGCAGCUCCCUGUCGCCUCUCCAGACGGCGUGCUGCUGGGAGUGUCUGCCAUGCAACGUCAUGGGCGCCUAUCAUGAAUCUGUCACCCAAAAGGACUUCUACGUGAAAUAAAUGAGCACUCAACAGAA